GCAGCGAGCACGCGCCCGAGGCGGCAUCGCUGACCUGGGGCAGUCGGGACCAUUCUUUCCCAUCCUCCCCGAUUUCUCUCAGGUGCCCUGCCCACAGGCCUGGUCCCUCGGCGUCCGAGCUGCCCUGAAGAGAUAGCACGCGGCCUGACACGCCGUUUUCUCCUGAGGCACCCACAGGCGCGUACUCGCGCGCGGGCUGCGGACGUGAGGGCGGCGAGCGGCGGGGCCGCGGAGCCGAAGAGGGCCGUGCUCGCGCCCGAGCCGUCGCGAGGCGCGCGCGCGCUCCCGCCGCAGCCCGGGCCGCGCCCGCCCCGCCUCUCAGCGCCGGCCCCGGAGCCCGGUCCGCGAGCGGCGGCGGCGGCCGGAGGGACGAUGAGCGGCGCGGCGCGGGCGGGCCCGGCCCGGCUCGCGGCGCUGGCCCUGCUGACCUGCAGCCUGUGGCCGACGCGGGCGGACAACGCGAGCCAGGAGUACUACACGGCGCUCAUCAACGUGACGGUGCAGGAGCCCGGCCGCGGCACCCCGCUCACGUUCCGCAUCGACCGCGGGCGCUACGGGCUCGACUCACCCAAGGCCGAGGUCCGCGGCCAGGUGCUGGCACCGCUGCCCAUCCACGGAGUGGCUGAUCAUCUGGGCUGUGAUCCUCAAACGCGAUUCUUUGUCCCUCCUAAUAUCAAACAGUGGAUUGCCCUGCUACAAAGAGGAAAUUGCACCUUUAAAGAGAAAAUAUCACGGGCUGCUUUCCACAAUGCGGUUGCUGUAGUCAUCUAUAAUAAUAAAUCCAAAGAGGAGCCGGUUACCAUGACUCAUCCAGGCACGGGAGAUAUUAUUGCUGUCAUGAUAACAGAAUUGAGGGGUAAAGAUAUUUUGAGUUAUCUGGAGAAAAACAUCUCCGUACAAAUGACAAUAGCUGUUGGAACUCGAAUGCCGCCAAAGAACUUCAGCCGUGGCUCUCUAGUCUUCGUGUCAAUAUCCUUUAUUGUUUUGAUGAUUAUUUCUUCAGCGUGGCUCAUAUUCUACUUCAUUCAGAAGAUCAGGUACACAAAUGCUCGCGACAGGAACCAGCGUCGUCUUGGAGACGCAGCCAAGAAAGCCAUCAGUAAAUUGACAACUAGAACGGUGAAAAAGGGUGAUAAGGAAACAGACCCAGACUUCGAUCACUGUGCAGUCUGCAUAGAGAGCUAUAAGCAGAAUGAUGUUGUUCGGGUUCUCCCCUGCAAGCAUGUUUUCCACAAGUCAUGUGUGGAUCCCUGGCUUAGUGAACACUGUACCUGUCCUAUGUGCAAACUUAAUAUUUUGAAAGCCCUAGGAAUUGUGCCAAAUCUGCCGUGUACUGAUAAUGUAGCAUUUGAUAUGGAAAGGCUCACCAGAACCCAAGCAGUUAACCGAAGAUCAGCCCUCGGUGACCUUGCCAGUGAUAGUUCCCUUGGCCUUGAGCCACUGCGAACUUCAGGCAUAUCACCUCUUCCUCAAGAUGGGGAGCUCACUCCCCGGACGGGUGAAAUCAACAUUGCAGUAACAAAAGAAUGGUUUAUUAUUGCCAGUUUUGGCCUCCUCAGUGCUCUCACGCUCUGCUACAUGAUCAUCAGAGCCACAGCUAGCUUGAAUGCUAAUGAGGUAGAAUGGUUUUGAAGAAGGAAAAACACUGCUUUCUGACUGAUUGCCUUGAAGGAAAAAAGAACCUAUUUUUGUGCAUCAUUUACCAAUCAUGCCACUCAAGCAUUUAUUUUUAGUACAUUUUAUUUUUUCAUAAAAUUGCUAAUGCCAAAGCUUUGUAUUAAAAUAAAUAAAUAAUAAAAUAAAA